AUGCCUAACGUCUUCAUUCUCGGUGGCUCGGGCUAUGUCGGCCUCGCCCUCGCCAAAUCCCUCCUCGCCGCGGGCACCUACACCGUCUGGGGCACAGCCCGGACCCCGGAAAAGGCAAAGCUCCUCCUCCAAAAUGAAAUCCACCCCGUCGAGGAAGACAUCACCGAUGCGGCCAAGCUCGCCGCCAUCAUCGCCGAUCACUCCAUCGAUGUGGUGGUGGACUGCACCUCCGCCUAUGAGCAGGCCGCGUCGAUCCUCAAGGGGGUCGUCGACGCUGCGACUGCGCGCCGCGACGCCCUGAAGAAGGAGGGCAUCGCUAGUCCCAAGCUGGGAUUCGUCUACUGCUCCGGCUCAUGGGUGCAUGGAUCGCCUUCCUCGCGGGUCAGCGACCUGUCUCCCGUUGGCAGUGCACAGUCGAAGGACAAGCCCGCCACCGCGGUCGCCUGGCGGCCUGCCCACGAACAAGCCAUCCUCGCGUCUCGCGACGUGCUCGAUGUCGCAAUCCUCAGACCCUGUGCGAUGUACGGUCGUACCUCCUGGGUCUGGGGCACCUGGUGGGGUGGGCUCCUUGCCGCGAAGAAGUCCGGUAGCCAGGAUACCAUCCAGGUUCCGGCUGAUAUCACCGCGAGAACCGGCACGCUGCACGUGGACGAUGCGGCGGCAGCGUUCCACGCAGCCAUUGACCGGCUGGAUGGACGACUUGGAUCCUGGCCCGUGUUUGACCUGGUGACGGAGACGAUUGGCGUGCAGGAGAUCAUGGAGGCGGCCAAGGCGGCGCUGGGAGUCACCGCGAAGCUGGAGUAUGCGGGCACCCACGGCAAUCCGUUCUUGGAGGCGUUGAGCCUGGUGAGCAAGUCUGAUGCGUCACGGGCGAGAACAGUGCUUGGAUGGGAGCCACGCCGCAAGGAGUUUAUCUUGAAUCUGCCGUUGUACAUCCAGGCGUGGGAGGCUUCCCAGUGA